AAGGCGGAGCGUUUAUGAGCAAUGUCUGCAUCUGUGGAGCUGAGCGAACACUUGGGACAAGAUUCACAAUGGAGCUACCGGAGAACCUCAGAAAACGCCUGGAAGACUUUUCUCGAAAUGUUUUAUUUGAUCCAAACAGGAGCCACACCGUCACCAAAGAGCACGAGCCGUUUGUGCUCAACGAUAAACGGAUUCUGUCCAGCCUCCACCUCCAAAUGUCCCUGUAUUUUAACUUGUGGUUCUUUCCAUUUUGGUGGAUCAGUGAAAUUGUAAUGCUAAAUCUCAAGUACCCCUUUUUGCCAGACUACUACAAGUUCAUCCUUGUGACUAUUCUAAUUGUAAUGACUUGUAUUGAAGCCAUUCGACUGUAUCUGGGUUACUCUGGAAAUCUGCAAGAAAAGGUCCCAGAGCUGGCAGGCUUUUGGCUGUUGAGUAUUCUGCUGCAGUUGCCUUUGAUUCUCUUCCAACUUUUUAAUGAAGCUAUUCUAAUACAGCCACUGGAAAGAGGUGUUCAUAUAGUCCUCGCCAUAUUUAUAUUAACACAGGCUCUUGGUGGCUUUACUGCACUCCGGGACCUCGUCAGACACACUGAAAGCCAGUUUCAUCUUAGACAAUUCAACUCUUCUCCACCCUAAAUAUAUUGCCUUAUAUUUUGUAAAAUAUCAUUGUAAAAAUGCAAUUCAUCUGGUGUUGAUUGUAUGAAUUAAAUUUGUAUCAAAGUUUUUUUUAAUGUGUGCACAUUUUUAAAACAGCAGCAAGAAGUGUGUAGUAAAAACAAAAUUGGUAAAUUACAUUCCUACAAUAACUGUGUGCAGUAUUCAAAGAGGAUGGAGCACAUUGUUAUCAGCAUUAUAAGUAAAUCAGUAAUAGUUCUGAAGUUUAAUAGUUUUGUGUUAUGGCGGUGCAGAUUGUGAUGGUCUUGAAACUGUGUCCUGUGUUCUGUGUACUUCUUCAGUGACAGGUUUUGGGACUUUUCUUCCAGAAAUGCAACUGAGUUUUACUUUGUCAACUGACUGAAGACCUCCAAAGAUUGGUGAAAGUGGGAGUUCAGUUAUAGUCUUCGCCAAAGGUACAUUGUGCAGCACGGUUUUGUUCCUGGAGAUUUCUUUAUUUUGUCUGAAACAAACAACGGUUGGAUAUUUAGCACAUCUCUUAAAAGAAGUUGGUUUAAUGUACAAAGAAAGAAAAAAAAGACAGUAUUUAGUGUGAAAUACUUGACAUAUUAUUUACCUUUUGUCUGUGCCUUUUUGCAAAGACUCAAGAAAAGUCUUGGGAAUAGAGCCUUUGUGAUGUUUGCAUGGUUUACAUUUAAGCAGAGACAAACCUGUUGAAAUAGAGAGAAAAAGAAUUAUAACUUUGAGCUGUAGUUCUGAAUGGCGCAGACAGAGGUCGCCCCAGCGCUGUGGAACCUGUCCUAAAAUGUGGUGAGUAAAGAUGGGCCACACACAUAAGGCUGGAGUUUCAUUGACAAAAUACAUUAAAAAAUAAGCUUUGCUUAAGAUUUCAAUUUCUCAUACAACACACAUUCAUUCAUAUAUCAUUGUACGUAGACACAGGAGGCACGGCGAGUGAAAGUGUUUUGCCGCAGGACACAACAGAAUGAACCGGCCAGAGUUGGGAUUAACAGCCAAACCUCUGUGAUAAAACUUAACUUGGUAGAAGCUUGCAUCAUUUUUUAUUUUACAAGAUACAAGUUCUGCCCACUUAGAACAACACAUUUCAUAUCAAACCACUGGUAAGUGUCAUGUUGAUGUUGAAGCAUAAACUUUGACUCACCUUCUUCCGGCUGGUCAUGUUGUGGUUUGUCUUUCAAAGUGGUUUGGGCGAUGGAUGUAUUUUUAUAGAUGUGGUCACUGUUGAGCUUUUCUGUGGAUAAACUUAUCAGCAGUCGUCUAUCGGGAACAUUGGGGAUCAUCUGAAAGAACAACCUUCUGGAAACCCUUCAGUUACAAUAUGAAACCACACUGAUGCUAAUGUGCUGAUAAUGUGCUGCUGCAGUGAUAUUUACCUGUCUGGUACUGUUAUGGUAGAUAGCCCUGAAACAAACACAAGCAUUAGAAAAUAAAACUUUUUAAUAAUUUGCCACAUUUAUAAUUUUGUAACAAACCUCUGGAAACUUUAUAUGUAAUCAAACGCUUCCGAGGUAUUGGGUAAAGCAGCCGGGAGCUUGGGCCAAAAGCAGUUUUUGGUGGAAAGAUGGCACUUAAAUGCAAAAAUUGUGAAGAGCUCCUACAUUGCUCAGGUUCUUUCACAAAAAACAAAGUUGAUCAAAAUCUGAUUGUUAUUUCGUAUCCAAUUUGUUGUGAAAGUUUAUUAAAUUUCAUGCUUACCCAU